CAUUACCAAGGUGCCAGAUACAUUUCUAGUAUAGCGAGAGGUCUAGGGCUAUCAUAGUUACUGCCACAGCCUCCUUAGCAAGAUGCGUAGCGUUCAGAUCACACGAGGGGUCCUAGCUCUCCUGCUAGCAAGCACGCUCUUGCUGGCCCCUAUUCGUGCUGCUGAUAGUGUUGUAGACGAUGAUGAGUACGCGGACGUGCAGCGGGCUCAGCUAGUGGUACGCAAGUUCGUCAAGGAGGAGCUGGUGGUGCAGGGGAAGAACGUAACGGUGGAGCUUGACAUCUUCAACUCUGGUCUAAGCACUGCCGAUGCGGUCAAGCUCGAGGACGCACUCCCUGCCGAAGCCACGCUUGUCGACGGUGCUUUGGAAGUGAACUUUGGCAAGGUCACUGUCGGCAGCCACGUCAAGCACAGCUAUGUUAUCGUGUUCAACACCGGCAGCGUGCAAGUCACGCUGCCUUUGGCUCGCGUCUCCUACAUUGCGGAGACCGAUAGCACCGAGCGCACUCUGGGUGGCUCUUCGACCAUGGCCCUGUACGUGAUGACUCCGGUGCAGCAGCUGCAGCGGUACGCCCUCCAAGCGGGUGCUUGGGCCAGCCUCGGGUUUGCUCGCACCCCCUCCGACUGGCGCAACCUGGCCAUCGUGAUCGGCACUGUGGGCACCGCUCUGGGCGCCAACUGGAUGGUGAAGAAGGUCAACGCCUCGCGCGUCAACCGGAAACGCGCUGCCGCUCUGCGUGAGCUGGAGAAGUAAUGGAGAGCUGCUGUGCGAGCUGUGGCGGACUUGGGUUGAGCUCUGAACCUGUCGCCAGCCCUUACUGUGUUUGCCAAAGCCGUAAGGCUCUGAAGGACGACUGGAUGGGCAUGUGUGAAGGCGUGUGCAUGCAUACCUGGUGGUCUUGGCUUGAUGUGAUGUGGGCCGCCCUUUGCUGCGUGUGCGGGUGUCUCUUCCAGGGGCAGCUGGAUGAGCCCUUGACGGCGCCCCUGUUGCCCGCAAUAGCGGCUGCGAGGAGGGAGUGACAGA